AUGGAGGAACGAGACCCCUCGUGGACAAGCGUUGACCCUCAAAAAUUGCCACGCUCCCCUUUUUCCAUUUUCGCUGCAAAUCUCUCUUACGACACAUCAAUAGAUGAUCUCCAUCCUAUUUUCGGAAGAUUUGGGAAGCUCAAAGAUGUUUUCAUCCCUUGGAAUAGGAACCUCAACCGAUCCAGAGGAUUCACAUUCAUUCAUUUUGUUUAUGAACAAGAGGCAUUCAACGCCAUUCAAUGUCUCCAUGAUAGAAAGAUUGAUGGUCGGAUAGUGCACAUUGAUUGGUCAAAGAAACAGAGUCGAGGUUCAUCCCAGAAACAAAAUCACCUAGAUCCAGCCACAUCUAUCCCUAACAAGCCUCCUCUAAGGAAAUAUGCAUACGCUAAUGGGACGUCUGAUGCUCAAGAUUCUGAUCCGAGUAGAAGCCCUGCGUACCGGGUGUCAGAUCCUCUCAGGGCGCCUUCAUAUAAGGAAGUUUUACGGUCGAGGCGUCCGGUGAGAGACGGGCCGGAAGUAAAUAUGCCCAUACCUCCUCAGCCUGGUAGGGAGAUCCCAAUCCCUUCCAUGAUUCAGACUAAUGACCAUGCGGUCAAGCGUAUCUUGCGGUCUCUCUCCUGUGCCCUUAUCACUACGGUUGAGGAAGAAGGUGUCUCCAUCCUUCAUCUCAUCGAUGUCUUCUGA